AUGGGCGACAUCCGAAGCUAUUUCCGAACUACAUGUUACAGAACUAGAACCCUCAGUACAAAUUUCUAUACUCUUGUUUUCGUCUACUCCCUUCGCGACUUUAUGAGUACUCGUCCUGACGUGCGCCUCGGCGAAGACGCGCGCGGCCACGGUGAGGACGCUCGGCAGGAUGACAGCACUAAACUAGUGGCCAGCAAGGUACGCGAGGACGAGCCAGCCCCGGAUGCUGACGGCUCUCACGACGAUGACCAUGGUGAUCGAGUCGUCUUGCGAGCCGCGGAGAGCAUGCGCGAGCCUACUGCUAUUAGCAUGUGUCGUAUCUGGCACCCGACGGUCGCCCACUGCCGAAAAGAUGUUCAGGCUCUGGCGGGGCCUCCCGAAGUCACGUCGCCGUGUUUGGCCACGCUUUCGGAGCAAACACCGAGGCCGCCGCCCGAGGUCCCGGGAAGGCGCACAUCUCUGCGCGAGGAACGAGCUGCUUUGCGGCGAGGAUGCCGAGCAGGUACCGAGUGGGAAGCGGACCGACGAGGAAGCAACGAGCAAAGAAAUGAAGAGCGUAUACAUACUAUUUAG